AUAGGUAGAGAUUGUAAAUCAUCUUUUGAAGACUUUUUCACCCAACAAGUUUGUUUCACGAAAAGUCGACUAGAACAACUAGAGCUAGAACUAGAUUUUGAAAACAACGCAUCUCUUUGGUACAUAUUCGUCCGACUUCAACUCUUCCAGUUUAUCCAAAGAGUAGACAAGUCAUUAUAACUGCCGGUAAAUCUCCCCAAUAAACACGCUACUCUGGAACUAGUGCAUCGGCAGCUACUCGCCCAAUUCAUCCCAAUAUGGCGGCCACCCCUACCCCUUUUUGCAGCUUCCAGGGCCCGACCGACUACACCGGUUAUGACCGCAACAAGCUCCCGGGCGAGCAGCCCCCCGCCAUCCCGCGGACUUUCAUAGAUGCCAUGAAGGUCCGGGAGGAGGUCUUUGUGCGUGAGCAGGGGGUCUGUCUCGAGUUUGAGAUGGACGAAGACGACCCGCGCAGCUGCCACUGGGUCACCUAUGCAAGCACAGGGGAGAUAAGGCAGAGCGAGACCGGCGGGGAGGACGCAGGGCAGAUGCAUGAAUCGCGAGGUGGACAGUCCGGUGCGGAACCGACCGGUACGCUGAGGUGCGUCCCGUUUCCCCACCCGCCUCACCCAAGACCAGGCGGCAGGUACCUGGACGGCAAGCUGGUGAACGAGGCCGAGCUGGCGCCGACGCGGGGUAUCGCCACGCCGGGAGAGGGUGCAGGCGCUGCUGAUCUGCAGGCGCUGCGGUCGCUCUCGACAAACGAGAGGAGGAGGAUCGCUGCAUAUCGACCGGACGUGCCUGACCGGCCCACUAGUCUUCAUGAUGGCCAGGAGCCUUUUGUGAAGCUUGGGAGGUUGGCAGUCAUUCGCAAUGCCCGCGGUUUGUCCAUCGGUGGUCUACUAGUGCGGCGAGCCUUGGAGUUUCUGAGGGACCAUCCGACGUACUUUAACCCCAACAAAAACAUGUCUGCGGUAGAAGUAGCGGCCGCCAACGCAGCUGACCCUAUGUCCUUACUGAGGUGGAAUGGCCUCGUAUGUGUCCAUGCUCAGAAGCAGGUGGUCCCGUUCUGGGAAAAGUUUGGUUUCAAAGUCGACGAUGAGAUGGGUGAGUGGUGGGAAGAAGGCAUCCCUCACGUCGGCAUGUUCAACCGCCUGGAAGACCUGGAGAAGGAUCCCUAGGUGAAUUCUGUCAAGGCAUCUAGCUGCAAGGGCCCGAUCACAGAUGGCGUCUGGCCGAAUAUGCGUUGGUGCCCUGGCUCAGGGUCGUCAACCCAGCCAAACCAACCCAUGAAGCUGGACAACGUGCUGAAGAAGAUGGAAGGAGGCAACAUGUCUCUUGAUGACGACAACACCACCAUGCCCGAUGAAGAUAACGCUGCUACCGUUACUCUAACGUAGUAGGAGAUGGCAAAUGACAACGACUUAGCUUGGUCACCGCCGAAUCCUAACUGGAGGCUGAGCGUAGGGACAUCAGCAAAAUCCACAUCGAUAGCUCAACAUAGACCUAUCCGGCGUCAGAGCAACUGAAGUAUACACACACCGGGAGACAGCAACAAGGAACGUAGCACAGUUAUUUGAUUCAAUGGUCUUCGUGAUUCGCCCUCCCGUGAGCGGAGCCUUUCUUUUUUUU